AUGUCCGAUCCCGCCCAUCCGGCUCAGGUAUCUCCUCCGGCUCUAGGAUCGGGGCCCCUCGGAUCUCCCUCUGCGAUCCCAACUCCAGAUAUCGGAACUUCGACGCCUACCAGUCCUGCGAUGUCAGACGCCUCCACCGUGCCGGUGACCGAGUGUGAUCUCUCGGAUGUGGUGACGUGGACCCAGAUGGGGGAAGGCUCUGGUUGGUCUUUCAUCGCGAUCCCUCUGUCGCGAUCCUCUUCGAUUCUCGCUCCGGACAGGACCUCCGCUAACCAACCUGUUCCAACUCCGGAUCCGAGUGAGCCCAUCUUGCUCCCCAGUACUCGGGUCGAGGCCUCGUGUUUGGUCGAUCAAGCCACGUUAAACGCAGCGAUUGAUUUGAUUUACGUUCGCCUAAACCUCCAACAGACUGUCGUGGAUCUGUACCAGAGUAUGAAGGCUGCUUUGGAGCGGCAGAUGAUCCAGAAUCGCCAGCUGGGUGAGGAUCUUCAGGAUCUCCGCACCUCCGCGCCCCCUUUCGUCCAGUUCGUCCAGUCGAAGUACGACCGCUAG